UCAGUACAAACCGUCAUUUCAACUCUCCGAAUUGUCAAAUCCUACACAAACCUAUUCUUUUUUCUUCUCCCCUGUUCUCCAAACACAACUCACCUCCCUUUAUUAGUUUUAUAUGAUUCAGCUCUGUAGUUGAUCACACAAAGAAGAAUCACGCACAUCAUGCAAACAAGCAAAACAGGGAAGAUGAGUAAUAAGCUCAUCAACCCAGAUGAUGCAGUUGCAGAAGCAGCUGCAAGAGCUCACAUUGAAGAAAUCAGGAAGAAUAAAUUCUCAAUUGGGUCAAAAACGCCUAACCCACUUACGCAAGAUUUACAUCAUGCUGUUACUUGCCUCUCUGCUGAACUUUACACUAAACACGUCCAUUUUCUUAUGGAACUCAUACAGAAUGCGGAGGACAAUCAAUAUGAAGAUAGUGUGCAACCCACCCUCGAAUUUGCACUCACAACCCAAGAUAUUACUGGCUGUGGAGCUCAAGAGACCCUUUUAGUUUUCAACAAUGAGGUGGGCUUUUCAAGGCAAAACAUGGAGUCCAUCUGUAGUGUGGGCAGAUCCACCAAGAAAGGCAGGAGAAGCAAGGGAUUCAUUGGUGAAAAAGGAAUUGGGUUCAAAAGUGUUUUUUUGGUGAGUAAACUACCUCACAUUGUUAGCAGUGGUUACAAGGUAAAAUUUAGUGAAGAACCAGACAAGGACUGUGGUAUUGGAUACAUAGUCCCUGAAUGGAUUUCUGAUGAAUCGUUGGUCUCGAAGAUACAAAUUGUGUAUGGAUCAAACAUCAUACCUACAACAACAAUUCUCCUCCCGUUGAAGACUGAUAAAGUGAAUCCUGUUAAAAUGGAAUUGUCCUCGCUUCACCCUGAGCUACUUCUAUUUUUGUCAAAAUUGAGAAGAUUGUAUGUCCAUGAGAACAGUAGUGGCCCAAAGAACGCAAACAGUGUGACUGCAAUAUCAAUUGUCAGUGAAACUAAUCAUGUCCACUCAAGAGAUAAAGCUGCAGACUCACGUGUCAUUCAUCUGUCAGUGAAGGAAAAGGCAGAUGCUCCUGAUGAGAAGUGCCAGUAUUACUUGUGGAGACAAGCAUUUCCAGUGACACCUGAAGCUAAAGUCAGUGGAAGAGCAGAUGUUGAUGAAUGGAUUUUGUCGCUUGCCUUUCCAUUUGGCAAAAGGCUAAAAAGAGGGACCUCUACCGUCGGUGUCUUUGCUUUCCUCCCAACUUCUAUGGCAACCAACUUUCCAUUUGUCAUUCAGGCUGAUUUCAUCCUGGCUUCUUCGCGAGAGUCUAUUGUGUUUGAUAGUACAUGGAACAAGGGAAUUCUUGAUUGUGUACCUGUAGCGUUUGUCAAUGCUUUUACUUCUUGUGUCAAACAAGGCUCACCUUUAUUUACUGUUGCACAGGCCUUUAUGUUCUUGCCAUCCCAAGCUUGUCCUUUUCCAGAGCUCAAUAAAACUAGAGAAACAAUCCGGAAGAAGCUUUGUGAUGCUGCAAUUGUGCCUUGUGAAACGUUCAACAGUCAAAAAACUUUUUGUAAGCCUAGUUUAGCAGUUAGAAUUCACUCUCGUUUCUGGGAGAUACUGCUUAAGAUGAAGAAAAAAGGGGUCUCUUUGUCAGGCAUUUCUACCAUUGGAGAGUAUUUAGUGCAUUCUUCUUUAGAUCAAGAUAAGUAUGGACCGAGUCUAGACUUUCUUGGUGUCCAUGAACAACUUAAGUGGUAUGGAAAAUGCUUUGAUGCUUGUAAUCUUAUCUCCCAGGCUUCUGAUGACAUGUAUAUUGAUCUCCUGUACUUCAUUAGUAAUCACUUAUUUUACCAUAUCCCAAAAAGUUGCCCUAUCUUAAAGCUCAUCAAUGAGAAGGGUGAGAUUGAAUGUUGUAGUGCUCUUGAUGAAUCAAAAGAGGGAUUCGAGAUUCGAUACUGUGUAGAGCCGAAACUUCAUGCCUGGCUUCAGAAAUGGAAUCUUCAGUUUGGCUGCCCCAACUCCAUCUAUUUCUUACCAAAUGCCAUUCAGGUUUCUCUGACAAGGCACCCAAAGUGUAAAAAAGUUUCAACCUGGCUGUUGUCCUAUGCAGGUGUAAGAGCUUGCUCUGUAUUUGAAUAUAGCUCAAAGCUUUGUAAUUACAUAUCACAUGAAGGAAAGUUAGAUAACGUGGUUAUGUUGUCUCACUUUCUCUAUCACUGUAAACUUAAGAGUUUCUUAAUGGACUCUGAAAUGUCAUCAAUCUUCCAAUUGAUGCCUAUCAUUGAUGGCUCUGGCACUGUAAGAGUGCAAAGAACUGAAACGCUUGUCAUGGCAUCUGGAAGUAAGUGGGUUAAGUUAUUUGGACCAAGUAAUCCGUUUAUACAAGAAAAUUUUGUUGACAUAUCGGAAACUUAUGCUGCAAAUGGUGAGUUUGCUGGAGAAAAUACUCCUGAUAAGUUGCUUCUCAGCUUUCUGAUAUUGCAUGGCAGAGCACGAGAUUUGCCUGAGAUAUCACUCCCAAAUUUGCCUCUUCAAGUAGCAUCUUCACAAAUGACCAGCGAACAGGCUUUCUUGCUGCUGGACUGGAUCAGGUUUCACAGAACCAGGGGUACAAACAUGCCAGAAAGGUUUAUCGAGAGCAUCCGUUCUGGCAAGUGGAUGAAGACAAAAACUGGAGUCAAUUGUCCAAGCAACUGCACAAUCCCAAAUCAAAACGGAAAGGAACUAUUUGAACUAAUGAAGGACGUUGUUAGUGGUUUUGCCAUCGUGGACGAGGAUUUUUAUGAUGAUCAGAUUGGUUUAUAUAUAGAUGAGCUGAAAUUUCUUGGUGUUCAAUGUGGUGUAGAUGGUGUGCAGAAUAUUGUCAUGGAUCGAUUCAAGCUUCUGGCUUCUUCAACAAUGGAAAGAGAGAGAGCAUUAUCUCUUCUUUUAUUCAUCGGCUUCUUGAAAGAAAGGAAAAUGCUAGAUGAGCAAUGGUUAUACACUAUGAGUCAUGCAAGAUGGCUGAAGACUUGUAAAUGUUAUGCUGCUCCUAGGAAUGCUGUGUUUUUCAAAUCAGAAACAGAAGCUGAAGCUGCAAAUGUGGUAACAAGUCUGCAAGUUGUUGAUGUGAAGUUCUAUGGAGGUAAACUUUAUUGCUUUCUGGAUGAACUUAGGCUCCUAGGUCUCCAAUCUGAAUUGGAGGUAUAUUCACUGGCCAUGGAGAAGUUUACUUUUCCAGCAAAUCCUUUAUGCCUGACUUCCAAUUGUGGCCUCUUCAUACUUAAUUGCAUAAGAAAUACAAAGUCUUCAGCUACAUCCUUCAUGGAGAAGGUAUGUGGUACUCCAUGGUUUAAAACAAGCACCGGCUUUAAAUGCCCCUCAGCCACGAUCCUUCAUAAACCCGAUUGGGCCUGUUUGCUGAAGAUCGUCAGUGUUCCAAUAAUAGAUGAGGCUUUCUAUGGGAAUGAAAUUCGAAUGUAUAUGGAUGAACUUAAAGCUAUUGGAGUUGCUAUUGAACUUGGAGAUGUGUUGAAGAUACUAGUCAAUGAAUUGAAGACCCUCUUGUCCUUACCAGUUGCAUCGGAUCAUUUGAUAAGACUGCUGCAUUGUAUUACAGAGUUGAAGAAAGAAACCCCUUCAAUGUUAGCUGAUUUGUGUGAAUGUUUAAGCAAGGAGGAAAUACUGAGAACUCGUCAUGGACACAAAAAGCCGGGAGAAUCAAUUCUUUUCAAUUCGAAGUGGGCGUGUAUUUCAUUGUUUGUGGAUCUUCCUCUCAUUGAUGAUUCUUACUAUGGGAUCGAGAUAUAUGGUCUGAGAGAUGAACUGAAGAUGUUGGGUACAUUGAGUAGCUUGGAAGAAGGUGCUAUAUAUGUUGCUAGAGGGCUCACCAAGCCAGUUGAUCAAGGACUUAUGACAGCUGAAGGCACACUUUUCUUGCUACAAUGCUUGAAAAUAUUGAUGGUUGAUGAGAAAGCUCAUCCUUUUCUCAACACAUUCAUUGAUAAUAUGAUGAAAAGUGAGCUCCUUAUGACAAGCCGUGGGUAUAAAUUGCCGAAUGAUUGUAUCCUUUUUCACAGUGCUUGGAAGGAGAUGCUUGAGCUGACAGAUGCUACUUUCAUUGAUGAUAGAUACUAUGGAACUGAUAUGUCUAUUUUUAUCCAUCAACUGAAAAAAAUUGGUGUUAAGGUUGAUAUUGAGGAGGUCUGCUCGGCUCUUUCAAUCUCCCUUCCCUUGAUUUCUGAAACUCCUACCAUAAAACGAAUAUAUUGUUUUCUCAAGGAAUUCAAUUGGAAACCUAUUUCAUCAGAAUCUACCAAUUUACAGGUCUGGAUUCCUACUAAAGAUUCAUCCAGCGACGGAAUGUGGGUUGACUCCAAGCUCUGUGUCCUUCACGACAAGGCCCAUCAUUUUGCUCCUAUACUAUAUUGUUUGGAAUCAUAUUAUGAUAGAGAGUUGCUCCCUUUCUUGAGCAAUGCUUUUCAUGUCAUAGAAUAUCCUUCAAUAUGUCACUUCUUGCAAAUAUGGAGCCUAUGGGAGUCCAGGGAGACCCAUGAAAUCUUGGAAGCUGAAUGUUGUUUCUUUUGGGGUUAUAUUCUCAAAAACUGGAAUCAGGAGAUGGAGGAUACUCUUAAGAGCAAGUUGACCAAGGUACCUGCAUCAUUGCCAAAUGGGAGUAUUCUUCUAGUGAUCAAAGAUAAUGUGUUUGUUGCUGAUAAUCUAUGGCUGAAAAAGAUGUUUCUGGAAUCUGAAGAUUCGCCUUUAUUUGUGUGGCAAUCUAAGAGUAAUGUGUUCUCUACUGUUUCCCCAUCAAGAUUAUGUGCAGUCUACUGUGCUCUUGGAGUGAAGAAACUUUCAGACUCUGUGAAAUGUAGUGUGAAGAUUAUGCCAUCUUUAGAUCGACCUAGUAAAGAUGAUCUGAAGAACAAGCUCAUCGUGAAAGGUCUUCUAAAAAUAAUAUUGGGUUUCCUUGCCUGCAGGAUUCACAUGCCCACCAAGCAGAGGCACGAACUGGUGAAUUCCUUGCUCAGCCUAUCUGUUCUUGAGAAUGAUGAGAACAUACGAGUCUCGUAUAAAUUGCUCCUGAAAGACGAGAGAUGUCUUGAGAGAGAAGUGGUGAAGUUGGUUCACUGGGACAAGAGAAACCAACUGUUAUUCAUCGACGGGGCAUUUAUUAAAUAUAAGAAGGCUAGUGCAGAGUUUGUCAAUAUCUUUGCUGCAGAAAUCGCUGCAGGCUUACUGCAAGAGGACAUAACUUCUGUUGUUAAUGACCUGCGGAAUCUGAUCCAGAUGGGUUUUCUGUUUGAGUUUCAAGAGCACUCAGUUCAAUUUAUGCUUACCAUAGAGAAUAUUGAGGUUUUAGUGGAAGAUGAGGAGUUUCUUGCUGCUGCAUUUCCUGUUGCUAGAGGUUCAUCUGCUUCAGGUAUUAGGAAACGGGCUUCUACUCAGAGGGAGGUAUUGGCUCCUUUGACACCAAGUAUUUCCAAACAAGUAAAGAGAAGAAGAUCAAAUUUAGACAAGAUAGCUCCCAUAGGUACAAAGAAAGGCAAAUCAGAAUCCAAUUCAUUGCCCCCUGUAAGAAAAAUAAUAAUAAAAAAGACUCCAAUUUCAAGAAAGGUCAAGCUGUCAUCUAAGAUAAAAGUGGAAGCUGAAGAACCUAUUGGUAAGCCGUGAAUGUGAAAGAUCAUCCUUUUUUUGGGAGUUAUAAUGGACGUGGAGUGUGAUGGCCUCCAUCAGAGUAAGGUGUGAUGCUUAACAACUCUCAUUCGACUUUCUGCAAGGGAUAAAAUCUCAUGCAACUUAUUUUGUUUCGGCGCGAGAACUUAGUUUACUUAUUCUUCCAUCCGAAUUGUCAUGUUGUUAUUGUAGUGAACUUAGGAAUACACUAAUCCGUCAUCGAUCAGCUAGCUUUUGUAAUGCCAAUUUGCAAGCGACUUGUGAAGCAGUUUUUGCGACUUGUAGAAGAUCUGACAGUAGAGCAUUUGGCAUGUCUUCGAGCAUCAAGAGACUCACGGUCAUGUUCUCUUCAGUUUCUGUUUGAUAGUAGUUCUUUUGGAGGUCUGAAUGUAUGUAAAACAAAAUUCCAUGGUGAUAGUGGACUCAUUUAAUUCUAGUGUAACAUUGUGUUUUGGACAAAUUUUACCAAGGCAUCAAUUUGCCUAUGAAAAGAGGCCAUUGAUCUUAGUAACUCAAUUGAAGUAUAAAAUUGUUUA